AUGCGCAGAAGUGAUGAGAUGAGUACCCAAGAAAUAACCAAGUUCUUGAGGACACAAGAGACCAUACAGAUCGUUCCAUUGAUCGAUGACAUAUUGAAUGGCACUAAAAAAUUUCCCAAUGAUCGUGUUUUCCUUUUUGAAUUGAUCUGUAAUAAGUUACAUAAAUUCAAACAAACUCAAGAUCAAGAUCCUGAAAAAUUCGAUAUAUAUAACCAUUUACUUUGGAAAUACCUUGGUAUCUUAUGGGGUGAGGUCACAUUGGAAGUUAGAAGUAAAUAUUUCAGAAAGGUUAAGUUUUUGGACAUUUUAUGUUUAAUUUUGAAGGGAAAUGAUAUGAUCAGAGAGUUGAACCAUAUAAUACAUUUGGUUAUACAAGAUGAUUUGAUCAAAUUCGACGAAGCUAACUUCAAGAGAUACGUUGCAUUAUUGAAAGAAUUUCCUCGUGCCCGUGAUUCCUUCAGUGACACGACUCAAGAUGUAAUACUAGAUUGGUCGAACAUUCUUGUCCAGUUGAUGAGAUCUUUCGACUUUAAGGAUAUUAAUGACUCUUUGCCAGAGCUUUUACCGAUGUUGAACAAAGAAACUAGUAAACAGAUCAAAGUCAAUGUCGAAACCAUCAUCAAGAAGAAAAUCAAUACUGACAAAAUUGGUGAUUUGAUUGAUUCUCAAAUACUAUCCGAUGACAGCAUUAUUGAACUUUAUAGAAUCCUCCUUUCAGUGGAAGAAGAAUCAAAGGAACGUAUUUUUUUGAAGAUAGUCAAAAAGCCAAAGUAUGAAGAUUUAUCGAUCAGACUACUCAAACUCGUCAAAGGAGGAUUAUCUAUGGAGUUUUUAGACUCCAUUUUCGAAGCUGGUAAUUGGGAAUUAACUCAAACCUUGUUCGAAACCAACGAUAAUCUCACUAUUCACAAGACCCCUUUGGUUAUUGGUGGUAUAGAUGAAACUAGCAAACAGGUGAUUCCUACCAUUAUCUCCUCAUACAUAAGAUCAAGACAAUUCUCAAAAUUGAUUGAACUUUGGGAACAACAGAAACAUGAUAUUUGGUCUUCUGAAUAUGUUGUUGACGCUGUAUCAUCGCAAGUAAGUAAAUUACCCUUAUUGGAAGUUACUGAAGCCCUCAAAUCUUCAAGAUAUGAGGUUAUUUUAGCUGUCAUAAAGGGUUCUAGAGUGAGUUUGGAUUCCAUUAAAUCAUCAGUCUUAGAACUUCAACUCACUUGGGAAUUGAAAUUCUACCUAUUAUCUACAUAUCCUGAAUUAAUUGGUGAUUUGGAAGCUCACAAACAGCCUCAUGAUCUCAAAGAUCAUUACUUCUUUUACUAUCAAUUCAGGGUUUUAGAAUUGAAAGGUAUCAAUGAUAAUAUCAGUGGCACCACUAUGGCAAAUUUUAAACCUAACGAUCCAGUUUAUUUCAUCAAAAGAUGGUUUAAAGUUAUUGAUAAGUUUGAUCUCGAUGUAGAGGUUUCCGACAUCGAAAUGGUAGAAGUAUUCAAGAAUGACGAAAUAUUUGAACACCCAAAAUUGAUGGAGAAGCUCAUCUCCAGAAUUCAUGACCUCGAGUUAAUUCCUAUGAUUCCUAUCCAAUGUUUUAGUAAGCGUUUGAAGGAAAAGUUUGUGACUUUGUCAAUAGAGCAAGAGAAUUAUAAGACCUUAGAGUAUCUUUUACCCUCAUUCAGCUCAGUCCUCGAAACAAAUGCUGCAAAAUUAAUCGAAUUUACUAAUCCAGAAAACUUAACCAUUUUCAAGAAGAUAUGGAUCAAUUCCCAAAAAGAAUUCAGAAUAGAAUUGUUGAAUCUCUUAAAAUCAGAUUUAAAAAAUUCAUUGAUCAUUGAUAUUGUUUUGCGUACGAAAACCACCAAAUCCAAAAUCAAUGAUGACACACAUAUAGAAGAAAAUAAGAAAGUAGAUGCCUUGAAAGAGAAGUAUUUCAAAUUUAUCGAAAAUCAAUUGAACAAGACAAAGAAUGAAGCUGAAAUAAUUGGUUAUUUGAAAUCUUAUGAUAAAACUUUGCCAUUACCAAUCAUCAAGAAAUUGGGUGAAAUCAAUUCAAAAGAUAUCAACGAAUUGUUAUUCAAAUCAUUCACACAAUAUUCUGAUGUCUAUAAAGUCUUAGCUCUUUAUAUGCUUUUGGAUAUUGAUGAAAGCAUCAUCAUCGAAUAUUUGAGAACUCAGCCAACGGCCGCUGGUUUCGUGGUUGUAUCUUUCGAAUAUGAUUUAAUUUCAUAUAAAGAUUCAAUUGACAAUAAAACCAUAAGAAAGUAUAUCAGUCUUUUCAAAUGUUUAUUACAAAUUGGUGGAGAACCUUGGUUACUCACCCACUUCAUUUCCAAAGUCUUAUCCAACCUUGAUACUUUUACCAAUCACACCAUAGAUGUUCUUAACGUUAUCGAAAGAGCAGAAAAUCUUAAUCAGUAUAAUAUUGAAUUGAUUUUGAACUUGAUCUAUAAACUUGACUACAAUACUACUGACGAAGAAAGAUUUAAUUUAGCAUGUAAGAUUUUAUCCAAUAUCUUACUUUUCAAAAGAUUCAGGUUAUCAUCUAGAAACCAUUUGAUCGUUUCUAAUUUAUCUAAAUUGACGACAGCAUUGACCGUGGAUAAGCCAUUGAGUGAAUCAUCGAUUUGUGCUUUCAAUCUUAACAAAUUGAUCAACAAUUUAUGUAAUCCUCCUAUAAAGGUCAACAAUUUAACUAACAAAUCCGUCAAAAUCAAGAAACAAGUAUCUUUCCACAUGACAAUCUAUAUAAUCAAUUACAUCCAAAUGAGUUUGAGUCACAAUUUCAACAAAGCUAUCACAAAUGAAUUGGCCAAUGCUAUAUAUGAAAUUUUGAAUAUCUGCUCGAAGAAUGAUUUAAAACUCAUCAAUAAUUAUUUGGAUACCCAAGGAAAAUUCUUCUUCAAAUCCUUAUAUAAGGAUUUCUUGACAUACGGUAAAUGGAAUGAAUAG